GGUGGACUGACAAAUAGGUUGAAGAAAAUAAGAGACAAAAAUGCGUCUUGAGAAGUGUUAUUUCUGUUCCUCAACGAUCCACCCAGGCCACGGGAUUCAGUUUGUUAGAAACGACUGUAAGAUAUUUAAGUUCUGCCGUGGUAAAUGUCACAAAGCCUUUAAAAAGAGGAAAAAUCCAAGAAAAGCAAGAUGGACUAAGGCAUAUAGGAAGGCUACUGGAAAAGAUUUGGCUGUGGACCCAUCAUUCGAAUUUGAAAAGAAAAGAAAUAUACCCAUUAAAUAUAAUCGUGAAUUAUGGAACAACACAAUUAAAGCUAUAGACAGAAUAGAUAAGAUUAAAUUAAAGAGACAAGGACAACAUAUUAUAAACAGAUUAAAAGAAGGAAAGAAAUUACGAAAGGAGGCUGAUGUCAGAGAAGUUGAUAAAAAUAUUCACCUUAUCAGGGCUCCGGGAGCAAAAACCCCAGUACUGGAGAAGAAGAUGGUGGAAGUUAUUAUGCAGGAUGAUGAUGAAGAUAUGGAGGACAAUUGAAUUAUCUCCCUUUCUCCUAUAGACUUUUUAACUGUUUAAAAAAAUCAUUGAUCAGGGCCUUUUCAUCAAAAAAUCUUAUGUUAAGAAUUUGUCGUGUGAAUGUGAAAUUUAUAUUAAGAUAUUCCAUACAUACAACCUAAUAAUUUUUGUGUGAAACUGGCCCCACACUUUUAAAAACUUAACUUGGGAUAACUUAGGUGUCCCAUUCUUAUGAUUGGUCAAUAACAAACCUUGGUGUUAAAUUAUCAAUCGAACAGGGUUUUGUUACCCAAAAGAAAUCUUACAAUCAAUUUUGUCAUAACUAGGGUAUUUCUCAUUUUAAAACUAUCUAUUAUUGUUGUUUGUUUUGUCCCUCAAUCUUGUGUACAUUCAAUCACCAGGAGCCAUUAAUAAUAAUAAUUUGUUAUAAAUCACGAUAAUGACAGAAAAAUAUUUGUGAACUAUCCAGUUGCCAAUAAAUUAUUGGAACCAUGUU